AUGCCGCAGGAUAUGCCGCCUGUUGGGGGGUAUGGGGCUGUGCAGUACAAGCGCAACCUCCCCGCCCACGGCCUUUUCCGUCCCCGUAACCUUAUCCUCGCCUCGGCAGGCCUCAUGGUCUACGGCUGGUACCAGCUUGUUGUGGGUGUCAGAGAGAUGAAGUAUUUUUACCAUUUUGUGCUCAUUGUUUCGAAGAAACCCAAAAGACUGAUGAUUUUCGCCCAGUGA